AUGACAAAGUGCGUAGGUCUCAAUGUCUGUGGCAUUCACCUGGACAUUGUCUUUACUGCGAGCGAAGUAAAGCUGACGGCGACUUGGUUCAGGACCGUCAAUGGCAAGCUGAAUGGCGCAACUAAUCUACGAGCUAAAUGUGGAUUUAGCGGAGACACGUGCCUUGCAAGUUGUACAUGGUCAUCUUUUAGCAGCUUCUACGACGUGGACGCGAGGACGUCACACUAUUGCGACGAUCAUAUCCGCCUUGGCGUUUGA